GAUGAUUUGUAGAAACAGAGACAACAAGGAGCACGAGACACGCACGGCUGGACGCGUGGGUUUGAGGCAGAGACAGAAGACACUGAACAUGUGACAGGAGCCAACCUUUUACCUGCAAAACCACAUUGAUCUGGAUUUAUCUGGGCCUAAAUGGAGCUGUGAGGGAGACACUGAUGCGCGCGCACUGGAGGAGACGCACGGCUCACAAAGACUCAUCAGGACCAGUCACCAGAGCUCAUCCCUCAGGUCUGUGCGCGGGGCAGGUUCAUCCAUCUGCACGUUUCCAUCUGGAGAUAAACCAUAAAACACCUGAAGACCCCAUCAGACCUGCUUUAAGACACCUGGCCUAUUGACUGGAGCUGUACCAUGCCUGUGGCCUCCACCAGGACAGAGCCUGCUCCUCAGGUGUUGGACGCGAUGAGCGACAGCACGGCCAGCUCCACCACCGCCAACGACCUGGACCUCAUCUACCUCAAAGGCAUCAUGGAGAACCCUCUGGAGCAGGAUGAGAGCCUGAAGGCACCACGGCUCUCUCCGGUGCGAGAGAACAACGUGGAGCUGCUCCAGGAGAUUCUCCGAGACCUGGACCCGUUCAAGAGCCACUCGGACACAGUGGCCGAGCUGUCCAACAUCCUCACACAGCCGCACUUCCAGUCCCUUCUUGAGACGCACGAUUCCGUGGCGUCCCAAGCGUGCGACAGCCCGCCUCCCAGCCCCUGUGACUUUGUCGACCACGAUGAUGAAGACGAGGAUGAAGACGAGUGCGACACACACAACCACCACCCGCCAGACGCCGUGCGCAUGGUGGGCAUCCGCAAGGUGGCAGGAGAGCAUUUGGGAGUAACAUUUAAAGUAGAAAACGGAGAACUGGUCAUAGCUCGGAUUCUGCACGGAGGAAUGGUCGACCAGCAGGGCCUGCUGCACGUCGGAGACAUCAUCAAAGAGGUAAACGGUCGAGACGUGGGCCGAGACCCCCGCGUUCUGCACGAGGAGCUUCAGGCCGCCAGCGGAAACAUGGUCCUAAAGAUUCUCCCGAGUUACCACGAGGCCAUCCCCCCACAAAAGGUGUUCUUCAAAUGUCACUACGACUAUGACCCCGCCCACGACGCGCUGAUCCCGUGUAAAGAGGCCGGUCUGAGGUUUGAGACGGGGGACAUCCUGCAGAUCGUCAACCAGGACGAUGUCAACUGGUGGCAGGCGCGUCACGUCGAGGGAGGAAACACUGGACUGAUCCCGAGUCAGAUGCUGGAAGAGAAGAGAAAAGCGUUUGUCAAGAGAGACGUGGAGCUCCCACCAGCAGGUAAUCUGUGCACCGGUGUUGGAUUAAAGAAGAAAAAGAAAAUGAUGUAUGUGACCACGAAAAACGCAGAGUUUGACAGACAUGAGAUUUUACUUUAUGAAGAAGUGGCCAAAGUUCCACCGUUCAAGAGGAAAACUCUGAUUCUGAUUGGUGCUCAGGGGGUCGGGAGGCGGAGACUGAAAACCAAACUUCUGCUGAGAGACCCACUGAUCUUUGGCACGAUUCUCCCCUACACGUCCAGAAAGCCUAAAAAGGGUGAGCGUGAAAGCCGGAUGUACGCCUUCACCAGCCGAAACAAGAUGGAGGCGGACAUAAAAAACGGCCGCUUCUUGGAACACGGCGAGUACGAUGGAAAUCUGUACGGAAUCAAGACGGAGUCCAUCCACGAGGUGGUGGAGGCCGGACGUGUGUGCAUCCUGGACGCCAACCCACAGUCUCUCAAAGUGCUGCGGACCUCAGAGUUCCUGCCGUACGUGGUCUUCCUCCAGGCUCCGGAGUUUGAGGUGCUGAAAGCCAUGAACCAGUCGGCGGUAGAGGCCGGCGUGGUGCCCAACACGCUCACGGAUGAGGAGCUGCGCAGAACAUGUGACCAAAGUGCCAAACUCCAGGCCGCCUUCGGUCACUACUUUGACCUCGCCAUCGUCAACGACAACCUGGACGAGACCUACCGCACGGUCAAGGCCGCUCUGGAGACCGUGUCCAAAAACCCGCAGUGGGUCCCCGUCACCUGGGUUUUCUAAAGUUAAGAAAUGGCACAAAUUAUCCAGAGACGAGACGACAAACAAGUUUCCUACUAUUUCACAAGAAUUACAAAGACAAGAGGCGGAACUCAUGGGCAAAUAUGGAGGAAAAUGAUUUAAAAAGCCACAAAAGUCUCUACAAUCCCUACAAUCUUCGACAUUAUUAAGCAGUUCCACAUUGCAAGGACUAGAUUAGCGCACUAGUCGAUUUGGAUUUCAGUAGCAGGUGUAAAAGUCUGAACACGGUGCUUUUCUCUCACAUGAUGAACUGAAUGUCCAUAAAAACCACACGUUUUACAUCACAAGGCCCAGACGAGGGCGUGGCGGUUCAUUUCGCGCCGGUGCCUGCUGCGCGCCAAGACCAGUUUGCAUUUUAUGUCCGUCAUCGGUGCCAAAUUGUCUUUAGUCUCUGUCAAUGUUUACAUCCAGUCUUACAUUUGCAUCGUCGACAUAUUUGUAUUUACUGCAGCAAUAACCUCGACGUGUCCUGUUUUAUAAAGCGAACAUGGAAGUGCCAGUGUGUAAAUAAAAGUCACAUCUCAGACACACACAUAACUCACACUUUGCACACUGUUUGUUUGUUAUAAGCUAAAUAUUUUGUUAUAAGUUCUCCGUUGUAAAUCGCUGUAGAUAGCAUGUAGAUCGAAGUAUAUUCCAGACGCUCGUAUAUUCGGUAUGAGACGUUUCCUCGUACGUUCGCCGGAGCAGCCGUCUUAAAUCGGCAGCACUUACUGUAGAACAUUCAUUCGUUAUAAAGACAUUUUCAGACAUAUAUCACUUGUGAAUGGGCAUGACUGUCUGCUAGUAUUUGCAUGUCGACGGUGCACAUACGUGAAGCACACCGGAGGAAAGAGGCGACUACGUUUUUAAAAAAAGAGCAUUUGCUAAACCGUGUUUUCCGUGCGCUUUGCUCUAACUCGACCAUCGCUCAUCGCUGACGCUCAUCUGUGCCAACACUGCAGAGUUAGUGGUGGGAAUUCUUAUUUUGUGGCAGCUAACGAUACUUGGACGCACAGUAUUUUAUGUAGAAUAAACGGACGUAUCUGGUGGUGGGUUUCCUGGCAGCUUCUCUCAGAUACAUUCCAAAUAUCCCGACUGUGUCUUUAUCUGCUAUUCUCAUAAAUGCAAUAAACGAUGUCCUUCCUCGAUGACGUACUACAAACUCACUAUAAACGUAAUAAUAUGCAGCAGAAAACAUUCACACUAUUGACGAUACUCGGUUUAAGUGUUGAGGUUUUGUAUUUCGAUUUAAACGUUGUAUUUGUAUGUCCUGGUGUCGGCUGCCACGAGCUACUACUUUGUUUAAAAAGUCGACUCCGAGCAGGAACGUCGACUUGUUUGGAGCGGCUGACUUUGUUAACGCUUUUCUUGUGUAAUAAAUGAGCAAUUAACUUUU